UUUAACUUUGAUAAUUUCAUAACAUAACCCUACUUUUUUUUUGGGAUACAUUUUAAUUUGUUUGAAAGGAUUUAAAUAAUUCUUUAUUUUGCAUUUUACAUAUUAUUGCAAUAUGUUUCCGAGGACAUUUAGACUUUCCAUAGGAAUACUGUGCCCUAAAACAUUCCAGUUUUCAAUGAAUUCUGGUAUUAAAUAUUUUCCUCCACCCAAAAACUAUGACGAUAUUGAAAUUCCUGAACGUCCAAGACUAAGAAUAUAUGACAAGGUUCCUCUCUAUCCUCCUAAUUUGAAACCACCAAAGAUGCAAAAGCGUCUGCGUUACAUGAGAGGUCCAGAACAACUGCAUAAUACCUUACAGCUGAAGCAAUAUGGUAUAGUGGCUAUAAGUGGUGGUAGAUUGCGUCAUGAACAUUUUGAAAUGGCACGUCUCCAAGUGGCAAGGAGGUUAGACAUGAAAAGGAUGUUUGGUAUAUGGAGAGUGGAUCCCCCCUGGCAGCCUGUAACUAAAAAAGGCCAGGGUCAGCGUAUGGGUGGAGGAAAAGGGGCAAUUGACCAUUAUGUCACACCUAUCAAAUCUGGAAGAAUUAUACUUGAAAUUGCUGGAAAGUGUGAAUAUGCUGAGGUUCAUGAUAUGCUAAGAAUUAUAGCAGAAAGAUUGCCAUUUAAAGCUGAGCCAGUUUCACAGGAAAUUAUGGAUAAAAAGAUAGCGGACGAGAAAUGGGUGGAGGAAAACAACCAAAACAAAUAUACUUUGAAGUAUAUAAUGCAGAACAACAUGGCUGGAUGUCACAGAUACCUUUCACGAUAUGACCAUAGAUGGCACGGCAAAUAUGUUUAGAUAGGUAAUUACUAUAUUAUUGUGAAAUAGUAUAAGUAAUAAAUUAGAUAAAAUAUUA